CAACAGUCUGAACGUGACCUCACCCAACGAAAAGAAGUAGAAAGAAGUGUGUUGUAAAGCGUAAAAGAGAGUGCAAAGAAAAGAAGCAUCUCAUUGUAAACUUUCAAGAGGGUUAUUUCGCACAGAACUGCAUCGUCGACAUGAGGUUUCCCCACAGGACAGUAAAGAGAAAGAGGUGAAAGAAACUUAAAAAAAAAUAAGUGUUUUGAAAGCCAGACUCUCUCAUAGUAAACGUUCAAGAAAAAGUGUUUAUUCCGUUCAGCGUAGCACCUCCAGCAUGAGGUUUCCACACGACAGCCUUGUGAUACCAACAGCGACUCUUUUACUACUGGCAUCUCUCUGCACUCAAGGAGCCGGUGAGCCCUGCUUCGCCCGCACCUUCGGCCAGGACAGCGUGGUGUGUGUCUGCUCUGCCCGCGGGUGUGACCUCCCCGGCCGGCUGACCCUGCCUGACCCCGGCCACUUCACCGUCGUGACCUCUUCUCGCGAUGGCCUCAGGUUUCACGUGGAGACGAAGGAGGUCGAUGAUUUUGGGGAGGAAGAAGCAGAAGACCCGAAAGGCACGACAACCAUAGAAGUGGACUUGGACGACCGUCGGCAGGUGAUGCUCGGUUUCGGCGCCGCCUUCACCGACGCUUCGGGAAUCAACCUCGCUGCACUUUCCCCCGACGUCAGAGAGAUGGCGCUGAGGUCCUAUUUCUCUCCUGAGGGUAUUGAGUAUGAUCUCAGCCGCGUCCCGAUCGGUAGCUGCGACUUCUCCGUGAAGCCAUACUCUUACGCGGAAGUCGAGGGCGACGUCGAACUCGAACACUUCAAACUGGCUCAGGAAGACUUUCUAUACAAGGAUGGUGUUUAUAUAGCCUUCACGCGGACGCGAACGUAG